UCGAUUAGUCACGUCUUUGCGUCUUAUUUUGUUUCAAUGGACGCCUUUGACUUGUUUAGAAAGCUUGGGUCUGGAGCAAAGUUUGAUCUGAAAAGGUUCGCUAAAGAUGCAGAGCGGUUUAAGGUAGUGAAGUCUCAGAGCAAGGACAGCUCAAAUCAGCUGGCUGGAGUCAGCUUUUUUGGCAAAGAGACACAAGAGAACACAUCUCUGGAGUCCAGACUAAGUGAAGAUGAUGGUGAAGAAGAGAAAGAAGGGAGUGAUGAAGAGCAGGCCUCUGGUAAACGGACUAAAGUGGAUGAGCCAUUGAAGACAGCACUGAAGAAAAAGAAAGGAGCUAAGAAAAAAUCCGAAGAUGCAGAGCCUGAGAAGAGUGAGGGAGAGGGGAUCCAAUGGAUGUCAUCGCAAGACAAGGUGAAAGACCCCAAGAAGGAGUCUAAAGACAAGCCCUCCUUGAAAAGACUAAAGCAGCUUCAUCAGGAGAAGGUACAAAGAGUUGUUAUUGCUUUUUACACCACUUUUUGA